AUGUCAGAGACUAAUAAUACUACCACCACAACUGGAAAGAAACCAAUCAGAGUAUACGUAGAUGGGUGUUUUGAUUUGAUGCAUUUCGGUCAUGCAAAUGCUCUUAGACAAGCAAGAGAAUUGGGAGAUAUUUUAGUAGUUGGAGUUCAUACAGAUGCAGAGAUUGCAAAGAAUAAGGGACCACCAGUCAUGAAUGAACAAGAGAGAUACAAGGCUGUACGUGCUUGCAAGUGGGCCGAUGAAGUUGCAGAGGGUGCACCAUACACUGCUACCGUCGAAUUGCUCGACCAAUUAAACUGUGACUUUUGUGUACACGGUGAAGAUAUCUCUGUCGGUGCCGAUGGCAAGGACGUCUACGAGACUAUUAAAAAGUCGGGCAAGUUCCGUUUCAUUAAACGUACCGAAGGUAUUUCCACGACCGAACUUGUCGGACGUAUGUUGUUGUUGACCAAGGACCAUUUGGCUGCAUCGACAGGUCAAGCCACCAGUCCAUUGAGUCAAGUCAAUCCAAAGGACUUGCAUCGUCAAUCACCAUACACUAGUUUGUCACACUUUUUACCAACCACCCGUAAGAUUGUUCAAUUCUCUGAGGGCAAGGCCCCCAAAGACACUGACCGUAUCGUAUACAUGGACGGUGGUUUCGAUCUCUUCCACGUUGGUCACACCGAAGCACUCCGUCAAGCCAAGGAAUUGGGUGACUUUUUAAUUGUCGGUGUUCACGAUGACAAAGUUGUCAACGAACAAAAGGGUUCUAAUUUCCCAAUCAUGAAUCUUCAUGAACGUGUCUUAUCUGUUUUAUCUUGUAGAUAUGUAGAUGAAGUUAUUAUUGGAGCACCAUUCAAUGUUACAAAGGAGAUGAUUGAAAGUUUACGUAUUAAUACUGUUGUUCAUGGUGACGAUCCAGUUGUUUCGGUUGAUGCUGAUCCAUACAAGCUUCCAAAGGGAUUGGGUAUCUACAAGGAAAUCAAGCAUACCGAAGGUUUGACUGCCACUGAAAUCGUUCGUCGUAUCAUUGAGAAUCGUAUGCAAUUCGAAGCCAGAAACAAAAAGAAACAACAAAAUGAAGUUACCUUUAUUCAACAAAAUCAAUAA